CUCACUCUCUCCCAGGCCAACCAAAACCGGCGAUCCUAAAAGAGAGAGAGAGAGGGGGAAGAAGAGAGAGUAUAGAGGAGAAAUCAAUGGCGACGGCGGAGAAGGGGGUGGUGCUGCUGGACUUAUGGGUAAGUAUGUUCGGGCAGCGAUGCCGGAUCGCGCUGGCGGAGAAAGGGGUGGAGUACGAGUUCCGGGAGGAGAAUAUUCCCGAGCAUAAGAGCCCGCUCCUGCUGAAGAUGAACCCCAUCCACAAGAAGAUCCCGGUGCUCAUCCACGACGGCAAGCCCGUCUGUGAGUCCCUCAUCAUCGUCCAGUACAUCGACGAGGUCUGGACCAACAACCCCCUCCUCCCCUCCGAUCCCUACGAACGCGCCGAGGCCCGCUUCUGGGCCGACCUCGUCGACAAGAAGAUCUAUGAUUGUGGGUCAAGGCUGUGGAAGCUCAAGGGGGAGGCACAACAGGAGGCCAAGAAGGAAAUGAUUGAGGUAUUGAAGCUUUUGGAGGAUGAGCUGGGAGACAAGAAGUACUUUGGGGGGGAGAUCUUUGGCUUUGUGGAUGUAGCAUUGGUGCCCUUCACAGCCUGGUUCUACUCCUACGAGACCUGUGCCAACUUUAGCAUCGAGGAGGAGUGCCCUAAGUUGGUGGCCUGGGGCAAGAGGUGCAUGGAGAGGGAGAGCGUGGCCAAGUCCCUUCAUGAUCCCCAUAAGGUCUACGAGUUCGUAUGCUUCCUCAAGAAGAAGUUUGGAGUGGAGUAAAAGAAGAAAAAAAAAAACAAAGAAGAAGAAGAAAAACAUGGUAUAUGGAUAGAAGAGGGGAUGAAAGAGUCCACGGUUUAAGUAGGAGCAGGAGUGCAUUGAAGGUUAGUUGUGUUUGCUUUGUUUGUGUGUGUUUGUUGUUCCUUCUUUUGAGGUGUAGUAUGCGUUUGGAGGUUGGACGUGGGCAAUUCCCGUUGCCUCUGUCCAACGACCGCCCUGUGGUCCUUCGCUCAUGAUUAAAGUAAUCUAUUACAGUGUUAUAUUUCAAUGUAAUCAAUGUUAACAUUGUUAAUUAGAAA